CUGCUCCUGGAGUCGAGCUGUAAGAAGAUUCUCAGGAUGUGAGCAACACGACACGAGCCUGAUGUGGAAACUGAGGCAUGGGAGUUACACAAUUGCCGAGUCAGAGACCCGGUCCUGCCCACCGUUGUCCUUUCAGUCAUUCAGCCGACACUGUGAUCAGGCGCCACAGGCACCGGGCACUGCAGUGAGCCCUAAGGACUGAAGUCGGACCGGCUUGGUGUCUGGAUAUAUGACGCUGCCUGGUAUGUUUAGCAAUUGAUACAGUUGCGAUUUUCUGUGCUGAAAUCAUUUUGAAAACUCCAGCCGGAGACUUGAGCAUUCAAGGGAAGCCAAAGCCAUUUGAGGGGGAAUAAAGCCAAAAGCCUUUUAUCCUGUUUUCUCCAAGAAGUUCCCUGCCGCCACCCCUCCACCCUCUCUAAAAAUAAGCCAUUGCCCAGACAGGCAGCAUGGCAAGCAAACGAAAAUCCACAACUCCGUGCAUGGUUCGGACAUCACAAGUGAUAGAAAAAGAUGUGCCAGAGGAGGGAGAUAGGGCCAAAGAAAAAGGAAUGGCCAUGCCACUGUCCGAUGCGGCCAAGGACAGUUGGACAGCAGAACCUGAAAGCUCUUCCAAAGAAAAUGAAGUGAUAGAGGUGAAAUCCACUGGGGAAAACCAGUCCAAAAAACUUCAAGGUGGCUAUGAGUGCAAAUACUGCCCCUACUCCACACAAAACCUGAACGAGUUCACAGAACACGUGGACAUGCAGCACCCCAAUGUGAUUCUCAACCCCCUCUACGUGUGUGCUGAAUGUAACUUCACAACCAAAAAGUACGACUCCUUGUCUGACCACAACUCCAAGUUCCAUCCAGGGGAGACCAACUUCAAGCUGAAGUUAAUCAAGCGCAAUAAUCAAACUAUCUUGGAGCAGUCCAUCGAGGCCACCAACCAUGUUGUGUCCAUCACUACCACUGGCCUCGGAAGUGGUGACCAUGAUCCUGGGAUCUCAGUAAGUAAAACCCCCAUCAUGAAGACAGGAAAACCGAAAACAGAUGCCAAGAAGGUGCCCAAGAAGCCUGAGGAGGCCAUCCCUGAAAACCAUGUGGAAGGGACUGCCCGCCUGGUGACAGAUGCAGCUGAGAUCCUUUCAAGACUCGGAGGUGUGGAGCUCCUCCAGGACACAUUAGGACAUGUCAUGCCUUCUCUACAGCUGCCACCAAAUAUCAACCUUGUCCCCAAGGUCCCUGUGCCACUGAAUACUACCAAAUACAACUCUGCCCUGGACACAAAUGCCACCAUGAUCAACUCCUUCAACAAGUUCCCUUACCCAACCCAGGCUGAAUUGUCCUGGCUCACAGCAGCUUCCAAACACCCAGAGGAGCAUAUCAGGAUCUGGUUCGCCACCCAGCGCUUAAAGCAUGGCAUCAGCUGGUCCCCGGAGGAGGUGGAGGAGGCCCGGAAGAAGAUGUUCAAUGGCACCAUCCAGUCAGUACCGCCUACAAUCACUGUGCUGCCCGCCCAGCUGACCCCCACCAAAAUGUCCCAGCCUAUCCUCCAGACAGCUCUGCCAUGCCAGAUCCUUGGCCAGACCAGCCUGGUGCUGACUCAGGUGACAAGCGGGUCAACAACUGUCUCCUGCUCCCCUAUCACGCUCACUGUGGCUGGAGUGACCAACCAUGGCCAGAAGAGACCUUUGGUGACUCCCCAAGUGGCCCCUGAGCCCAAGCGCCCACACAUUGCCCAGGUACCAGAGCCUCCACCCAAGGCAGCUAACCCUCCACCCACCCCAGCCAGUGACCGCAAGAAGACCAAGCUACAGAUUGCACAUCUCAAGGCGAGCUUUCUGCAGAGUCAGUUCCCUGAUGACGCUGAGGUCUACCGACUCAUCGAGGUGACCGGCCUGGCCAGGAGUGAGAUCAAGAAGUGGUUCAGUGACCACCGGUAUCGGUGCCAGAGGGGCAUCGUCCACAUCACUAGCGAAUCCCUUGCCAAAGACCAGAUGGCCAUCGCAGCCUCCAGACAUGGCCGCACAUACCACGCAUACCCAGACUUUGCCCCCCAGAAGUUCAAAGAGAAAACACAGGGUCAGGUGAAAAUCCUGGAAGACAGCUUUUUGAAAAGCUCUUUUCCUACGCAAGCAGAACUGGAUCGGCUAAGGGUGGAGACCAAGCUGAGCAGGAGAGAGAUUGACUCCUGGUUCUCGGAGAGGCGGAAGCUUCGGGACAGCAUGGAACAGGCUGUCUUGGAUUCCAUGGGGUCUGGCAGAAAAGGCCCAGAUGUGGUGGCCCCCAAUGGCUCCCUGUCCCGACUCGACCAGCUCACAAGUGCCCAGAUAGCCAGCUCUCUCCCCAGCACCUCACCAGCAAUCACACAAAGUCAAGAGCAGGUUCAUCUUCUGAGGAGCACGUUUGCAAGAACCCAGUGGCCGACUCCCCAGGAGUAUGACCAGUUAGCAGCCAAGACCGGCCUGGUACGAACUGAGAUCGUGCGUUGGUUCAAGGAGAACAGAUGCUUGCUAAAAACUGGAACCUUAAAGUGGGUGGAGCAGUACCAGCAACAGCACCUUGCAGAUGAUCAUGGCUAUGACACUGUAAUGAGGAAAGCAGCGAGACCAGUUGCCGAGAGCCCAAAGAACGGAAGCGAGGCAGUUCCACACUACCACAAGGACCCCAAAGCUCUCUGCGAAGAGGACUUGAAGAAGCUGGGCCCCAGAGUGAAAGGGGGCAGUGAGCAGGCAAAAGACUGUUUACCAGCCAAGCCCUCAGAGGCCACCUUGGACAGGUCAGAGGGCAGCAGCCGAGAUGGCCAGGGCAGCGAAAACGAGGAGUCUGGCGUUGUAGACUAUGUGGAGGUGACCGUCGGAGAGGAGGAUGCCACCUCAGACAGGUCAGAUAGCUGGAGUCAGACUGCGGCUGAAGGCACAGCAGACCUGGCUGACUCCGACUCUGACAGUGGCCCUGCCGAGGCUGGCCAGGCCUAGACAGGUAAGUCCUUCGGAACUGUGCUAUACAGGGGACACUCUGUCUUGGGAAAGAAGAGAACUUCCCUUCUCGCCGUGGGCCGCCCUCACCAGAGACUCCAAGUGGAACUGCUUAGCUCACUAGUGCCUGGAGAGCUCCCCACCGACUCCCAGAGGACAGAUGGGAAUUGUUCAUAGUGCCAAAGUCCUACUACUGUGUUUCCAAUGGGUCCUUGUACAUAGCUGGCUCCUCUGCCCCAGGCCCGCCUCUUGCUAUACUGGAACUGAUUUGUACUCUGUGGGAAUUUUGUUACCUUUUUAAUCAAGGGCAACUUCCUUUUCCAGCACUACCAUUGCAAGGUUUUUUUCCAGGAGCGAGGGCUAACCACAUUGCUUUUCCCUUUUUUAUUUUUCUCUUAUUAAUUUGGGGAGGGUGUGCUAGUAUUAGUGCCAUUAUAUCUACUGGAUUUUAGAUAGGGAGAAUUUAUUUUUAAAUGUAGCUUGGAAUUUGGAAGGUUUCUUGGUGGAAAGUGGGUUUGCAGAUAGCAGACCUUCCACAUCAAAUCCAUUUUCAGUUCUUCCCUGGCUGCUCGGGGAUCUGGCCUCACCCACACAGGUUUCCCAUACUGCCAAGAGGUGAGUCUGCCCUCGCCACCACUUGUCUCCUAGGGCUGGCGUAGCCCCAGCAGCACUGGAAGGACUGCUGAGCACCUUUUCAAACACCAGCAGGAAGGGCUCCACACUUAUUAGCACCAUCGUUGUGCUUAUGAAAUUAAACAAACAAAGGAUCUCCCUUUCUAGGUGGUACAAAGAUAAACAGCUUUGGGUUUUCAUUUUUCUUCUUAACUGCCUUUUCUUGGUGUGGUAUUUGAGAAGCUUUGGCUUGAAGCCUCACCAUGAAUUGAUAUUGUGUGUGCAAGUGUGUGUGCCUGUGCGUGCGUGCGUGUGUGUGUGAGUGUGUGUGUGUGUAUUUUGGGCCAAUUUUAGAUACCUGAGUGCACUUUUUUUUAGUUAGUCCUAACUUUUAAAGAAGGAGAACCAAGAGACAUGUCUGAUGUAAAUGUUGCAAUAUGAUUCAUGUUUGCAAUCCCGUUCCCCCUCUCCUGACACCCCCUCUGUUUGAGUACACUGCACAGAUAAAAUGCUAGGGAGUUUGAAUAAAACUGAUUUUUCUAACUUUUGCUCAUUUGUUGUAACUCAAUAAAGCAAAGACUAAACAUUUUUAUAA